UUUUCAUAAAGCGUGUUUCCACUGAGGUAUGCACUGGACAUGCGUGAGGUGAACUCCGCUCAACUAUUGUUAUGGAUUUGAAAUCAACACUUCUGCUCACUGGAGGCUCUGCCGGCUCUUUCAAACUGCUCAAUGCAGUCAUCAGAGUCCUGCCAACACCGCAGCCGGCACAGAGGAAAGCCUGGAAAUGGAGGAAUGUCAGCACGUCGUUAGCUCACAGCUGCCUGACAGGAGCGGGGGCUGUUUUAUGCUUUUACCGUCACCCUCAGAUGAUGGAGGACCUGAUCUCUUUUUGCUCCCUGCACUCCCACAGUCUUGUAGCUGUAUCCACAGGGUAUUUUAUCCACGACUUCCUAGACAUGGCCUUGAACCAGCCCUUCAAACAGUCCUGGGAGCUACUCCUCCACCACUCUUUGGUGAUCUCAUGCUUCGGUUUGGCUGUGACGUCCCGCCUCUAUCUGGGUUUUGCAGCGGUGUCUCUGCUGGUAGAGAUCAACUCUGUUUUCCUUCAUCUCAGACAGCUCCUCAUCCUCUCAGGACGGAGGAACAAGCCAGGCACUGAACUCACCGCCCCUCAGCCCUCUCUCGCCUACAGCAUCACCAGCUGGCUCAACGUGGGAACGUUUCUGGUGUUUCGUGCCUGCACGCUGGGCUGGAUGAGCCGCUGGCUGGCCGGUCACAGUGAACACAUUCCUCGUUAUGUCCUGAUGAUGGGGGCCGCCGGCCUGAGUCUCAUCUCCACCAUGAACGUGGCGAUGUUUUAUAAAAUGUUUAAAGCGGACAUUCUCAAAAACAUGCGCAAUACCACUGAGAGCCACUAGGGGGAAGCAGAGCUGUGUUACUCCUGCACAAGUGACUUGAAUCCGUUUUCUACCUCAUCACGUGGUUAACGCUGCACUUGCAAUUCAUUUUCUAUGCAACGGACUAAGCAAAUAUGUUUUGUUUACAGGCGUAACACAAAAUAAAAUAAAAUAAAAUGUGGAUGCAUAAGAUAAAGUGUUUGGU